AUGGUCCCUCCCAUAGUGUUCAAUACCACCCUCAUCACAUUAUCAGAGUUAAAGGCAUCCAAUCAGGCAAGUAAACGACACCAGUCCACGGACCGACAAGAGGCGGGCGGACUGACACGAGCCGGGCGGACCGACACGAGCCGGACGGACCGACACGAGCCGGGCGGACCGACACGAGCCGGGCGGACCGACACGAGCCGGGCGGACCGACACGAGCCGGACGGACCGACACGAGCCGGGCGGACCGACACGAGCCGGGCGGACCGACACGAGCCGGGCGGACCGACACGAGCCGGACGGACCGACACGAGCCGGGCGGACCGACGCGAGCCGGGCGGACCGACACGAGCCGGACGGACCGACACGAGCCGGACGGACCGACACGAGCCGGGCGGACCGACACGAGCCGGGCGGACCGACACGAGCCGGACGGACCAACACGAGCCGGACGGACCGACACGAGCCGGGCGGACCGACACGAGCCGGACGGACCGACAUGAGCCGGGCGGACCGACACGAGCCGGACGGACCGACACGAGCCGGGCGGACCGACACGAGCCGGGCGGACCGACACGAGCCGGACGGACCGACACUAGCCGGACGGACCGACACGAGCCGGACGGACCGACACGAGCCGGACGGACCGACUCGAGCCGGACGGACCGACACUAG